AUGUUCAAAGCACUAGCCUCAUGUGCAACACUUGGUCUGUUAGCGCUGACUUCGUCGGCUGCACCUCGUCCAGGAACCGAAGAACGCCAAGGGGUAACAGAUCUGAGUCCCAGAAUCACCCCAGAGAAGACAAUCUUCAUCAACACCAACAUCGACUUUACUCGGCCAGCGGAAGUUUUCGACAACACAGGACGUGUCGUUCACAUGAUACAACCAUUGUCUACUUCCGGAGAGAACUUCCUAGCAAUUGUAUCAACAACCGACCCGCUCGACGUUGGACUGAUCAAAGAUGAAAAACCCAGUGAUUGCUCUGCACUUUCCACAUCGUACUUCUUUCACCAAAACGUCACGCAGGCCAACAAAAACAACCCGCCGCGCGGUCAAUGGUUCCUACAAGAUGCGACCCAUCAGCCGGGCUCCUUUGAUCGGGUCUUCGUCCGUAGCCCCAAAGGCGCACCUGCUGGGGAAAUCCAAGUUAGUUCCACCAUGUCCGGUAUGGUGGCCAAAAUAUCAGACUACCCCAAUCCUCCGACCGGUUUACCAGCGGGUCACUACUACUCAAUCUAUUUCCCUGCUGACGAGGGUCAUUCCCCAUUUAUUGAGGAGCUGACGUUGCUGGUUUCUGAUCGCAAUCAGACCGAUGCCAUCGUGCUUGUUGUCAAAAUCCUAGAAGAUCAGAGACACUGCGCUUGA